GCCUGACGUAAUUUCUCGACUACAACACUGAGCGCCACCAGCAGUUGGUGGUUGUACAACACAUCCAGCCUUUGCUUUGGAUAUCUGUUUUGAAACCUGACCACCUCCAGCAACAACAGAGAGACAAUGUACUGCCUCCAGUGGUUACUUCCAGUCCUGCUGAUUCCAAAGCCACUGAACCCAGCUCUGUGGUUUAACCACUCUAUGUUCAUGGGUUUCUACUUGCUUAGCUUCCUGUUGGAAAGGAAGCCAUGCACCAUUUGUGCCUUAGUGUUCCUCGCAGCAUUGUUUCUCAUCUGCUACAGCUGCUGGGGAAAUUGCUUCCUUUACCACUGCUAUGACUCUCCACUGCCAGACUCUGCGCAUGAUCCCAGCAUUGUGGGCACUUAGACUCCAGGUUUUCAAGAAAUCCUAAUUGCUUCUUGGACAAAACUUGGACAAUGUCUGACUUUGACUUUUAAUUAAUAAAUAUCUAAUGAGAUGCUGAGAAGUUUGCAGAAGAUAAGAGCCUCACUGAAGUCAUACUUUAAUCACACAAACUAACAUCUGCUGUUACUUUUUCAGUUCAAGAGAUUACAAAUAUUGGCCCAUGGGCUGCUUAUAGGGUUUUCAUCCUGAGUUUCCUUUAUUUACCUGGAUACCAAAAGUUUCUGAGCAAGCAUGUUUGAGUUUUAUCAUAUACCUGUGUUCUUGUGUCAAUCAGUUUAAGUCCCAGGGUCUGAGGUGACUUCAGUGUUGGUUAAUGUACAAACUGGGCUUUCUAGAGCUUAAGAGUAUUUAAAGUAACGAGCUGUACUUGUGGGCAGCUCAGUUUGUUCAAAUGCUGUUGCAGCUUUUAAUUCAAUAAAAUUCAGAAUGAUCUAAUUGUAAUAACAAA